UAGCCUCAGCUCCGCGGUCCGCCUCAUUCGCUAAGCUGGUCCACGAAUUGUCAACGCGUUCGGGCGGCUGCUGAGCCGGGGCGCCCGCCGGGCUUGUCGUGCUCCCUCGGAGGUGCCUUCCCGAACCAGUGUGCCGGGUCCGCUAGGGCCAGAACGGUCGCCGGUUCGGGGCAACUUGGGAUUCAGGACCCUCUGCAGGGGCGUCGGUUUGUGAUCGGGACUCGGCGAGGAGGAUGGGCAAAUCGAUGUGCAGGGAAGUCAAGUCACUUAUCCAAAACCGAGCCCUGGUAACUGGUGGCAAGAGCCAGUAUUCAAAACCGUGUGCCUGAUUCCUAAGCUCAUGGAAAUCUUGCAUGAACGUGGAAGCCAUUAGCAGAGUAAUUGCUGUCUGUUACCAUGACAACCAGCCGCUGCAGUCACCUGCCGGAAGUGCUGCCAGACUGCACCAGCUCGGCUGCGCCCGUGGUGAAGACCGUGGACGACUGUGGCAGCCUCGUGAAUGGGCAGCCGCAGUAUGUCAUGCAAGUUUCGGCCAAGGACGGGCAGCUGCUGUCAACAGUAGUGCGGACUCUUGCCACCCAGAGCCCCUUCAAUGACCGGCCGAUGUGCAGAAUCUGCCACGAGGGCAGCAGCCAAGAGGACUUGCUCUCUCCCUGCGAAUGCACAGGGACCUUGGGGACAAUUCAUCGGAGCUGCCUGGAGCACUGGCUGUCAUCCUCAAACACCAGCUACUGUGAACUCUGCCACUUCAAGUUUGCAGUCGAGCGCAAACCCAGGCCGUUAGUGGAGUGGCUCAGAAACCCAGGCCCCCAGCAUGAGAAGCGGACUCUGUUUGGAGACAUGGUGUGCUUCUUGUUCAUAACUCCACUGGCCACCAUCUCGGGCUGGCUCUGCCUGCGGGGCGCUGUGGACCACCUGCACUUUAGCAGUCGGCUGGAGGCCGUCGGACUGAUUGCACUCACUGUCGCACUCUUCACUAUUUACCUCUUUUGGACACUAGUGUCAUUUCGAUACCACUGUCGAUUGUACAACGAAUGGCGUCGGACCAAUCAGAGAGUGAUUCUCCUCAUUCCAAAGUCUGUCAGCGUACCUUCUAACCAGCAGUCCCUGCUGGGCCCCCAUUCUGUCAAGAGGAACUCAAAGGAGACCAUUGUUUGAGGCUUGUGUGGUUGGUCGGUUGGCUCGUUGUUUGGGGUUUGGGAAGUCUCCGCACGGGGGCCAUGCACUGAGCCACUCCCGAACCCCUCCUUAAGCUGUGGGUCUCAGAACACCCUGAGCCUUGUGAGCACAUCGCCCCAGCAACGGACUCAGCCGGAAGAGAGCAGAUGCUGUUUGACUUCAAAUCAUGGAUGCUGCAAUCACGUGAUACUUGCUCAGCUGCCAAACAUGCUUAUUUAGCAGAUACUAUGUGGGAUUUUCUGAACACCUCUUUAACAUAUGAGGAAGGUUGUCCUGCUAAAGAUGCAAUUCAAUGCUUCCUUUUUUAUUACUAUUUCAAAUAUAUAUAUAUAUAUAUAUAAGUAUAUAUAUUAAAGUCAGAUGAUAAUUACAGUCGAAAAAGCCAACGUUACAACUGGUUUCUUGGUUUGGAUGAGUUUGGUUUGGGUUAGUUUAUGCGUUUCCCAGUUUCUACUGUAGAUUCUUUGGGGGUAAUUUGAUAACUUGAGUGGUCUUUUUCAUUGCCUUCUUCUCUCUCACUCAAGGGGACAGCGUAAUGGGUACAGAACAAGGCCUAUUUGGAGGAUGUUUUGUACUAAACUUCAUUUAUUCCGUUUUCAAAGGGGAAAAAAGGUGUGGCAACUCUCCCUACAGUGAACUGUUUAUUUAAAUUUCAUUAAGGAGGGAAAGAAAAUUAUGGCGAGAAGCAGGCUCCUUUCGAAUUGUUUGAUACUGCCAGCUGAUAAAAGCUAUUUUCUAAUAAUAAAUAUCCAGUGUGUGAAAGACAAA